AUGUUUGGACACUUCACUCGACAAGGAUUCAACAACACGCCCGGAGCAAAUAGUUCCGCCUGCGAUAUCAAUCUGAACUUUACGCACGGGUUUCUGCCACCUGCCUUUAUUGUCGUUUUUGUGGUCGGCACGCUUGCCAACAUCUGGGGCUUGAGAAGCGUGUGCAGCGGUUGGAACAGCAAGGGAAACAUCAACAUCUUCAUGCUCAAUCUGGGGCUGGCGGACCUGUUGUAUUUGUUCACCCUUCCUUUCCUCGUGGCAUACUAUGCGCAAAACAGCUACUGGCAGUUCGGUCAGCCUUUCUGCAAGCUGACUCGCUUCUGUUUCAACCUCAACCUGUAUGGCAGCAUUGGGUUCCUGACUUGCAUCAGCAUCUACAGAUACUUGGGAAUCGUACACCCAAUGAGAGUGAUGGGGAGAAUCACCAGUCAUCACUCUCUUGUCAUCAGCGCCCUGGUUUGGGCUUUGGUCAUUCUUCAGAUCACCCCGGACAUGUUCUUUGACAAAAAUGAUGCCAAAAAUCCAAAUGCCUGCUAUGAUACGACCGCUGAUGAAUGGAUCCGAGAAUAUCUGCCUUACAGUGUUGGAUGGACAGUCAUUGGAUUUGCCAUCCCAUUAGUUGUUAUCGUACUGUGUUAUAGCCACAUCCUUUGGGUUGUUGCAAAAAACUCCAACGUUAACCCUCUGCUAAAGCAGCGCUCCCUAAGACUCGUGGUCAUUUUGAUAUUAUUGUUCGCCAUCUGUUUCAUCCCUUACCACAUGCUCCGAAAUGUUAAUCUCAAAACCAGAAUUUUGAAACAAAAAGGCAUCUGCCGCGACAGCUUCCGCAAUGUAUAUAUUGCGCACCAAAUCAGUAGAUUCCUCGCCUGUCUGAACAGUGCUAUAAAUCCUCUGAUAUACAUUGUUGGAAAUGAGGAUUUCCUGUUAAAGCUUCAACGUCUAAGUGAGCGGGCUAGGAUGUCUUUGGCCAACCUGACGCAUAUGGUCAUGUAUCGCAAAACAUCUAAUAUGGACACGGAUUCGGCGACAUGUUCGUGA